UCUCCUUAGAACCUGUGCAACUCGGUGGAUCCGUACUAGUUCGACGGCUGCGGAAACUCCUCCGGUUUCCAAUCUGCCCUCAGGACUGUUUGUUUGAAGAAUUUGAAAUCAGAACAUGGACAGGUUCAAGUGGGUGGGGAACACCACUCUUGAAUCUUAAUAAACCCGUUGGGGAUAAGUUAGAAUCUCCUGACGUUCCUCCAAUCCCUUGUUCUUGGAGAGAAAUGGGUUCGCUGAACAAGGAUGGAGAGAUGGAGCAGAUCGGAGACCAGUUUACGGAGGCUAUAUUGUACGUUAAUGGCGUUCUUAGAGUCUUGCCUGAUGGAUUAGCUCAUAUGGCCUCUUUUUCUGCAGCAGCAGAUAACCAAUGCUGUAGACUCACGUUUUCUUCUGCAGUUAUUUCAUCCCUGCAGUGGAAUGUUUUGUUCUAUCAAGGUUUCGCUUGGCAUAUGCUAAUGAUAGUUGACAAUAAGGAGUUCUAUGAACGAGAGAAGCCUUUAUCGCUACAAGAUAUCAGGUUGCUCAUCAUUAUUCUUAAGCAAGACGAGAUUAGCUGGGGCUUAGACUGCUACAGAGAUAUAAUAAGCUACAUUGGCUGUGUAUUUUCAUAUGGAUGCUUUGCUGCAGUGGUUGUUCAACUUGCUACUAAUGUUUACACAACAGUUUCUAUUGGACUCACCAAAACAAUUAAUAGUAUCUUUGUGUCAUGCUUAUAGCUGAAGUUCUGUGAUAAGCAUCUUUGCCUUGUAUGUUAAGCAUUCUCACUUUUAUGUUUACACAAGUUUUUUAAAAUUUGAAUUUUUGGAUCCUCCUAUUAGACCCCUCCAUUGGACUAUGUCAAAACUAAUAAACUUGCUUCAGUGUCUAACUUUCAACUU